AUUAAAGUUGCUGAUUUUCUUUAAUUUCAGGCUUAAAAAUGUCGGAUUUUGUGCCAGAAACCGAGGAAAAUGAAGAAGAAUCUCAAAAAAUCGAUGAAAUCCAUGAAAUCCCAGCUCAAGCAAUUAUCAUCGACCAAAGUUUUUCUCGACGAUUUCUCAACAAUAAAUGGUACGGAAAGUACGGCGAAGAUGGGGAUCUUCUGGAGCACAUCGACGAGGACUGGGAGCCCGUAGGCCUCGACGAAGUGGAAUUUCUGAGCCAACUGUGGUUUGAGCAGGAGGAUCAGGAGAAAAAAGCUCAUAGGCACUAUGAUUGGGAUGAAGAAAAGAAGGAAUGGGUGCCGAAGGCCAAGCAGGAGGAGGUCAAUGAGGAUUUUAUCGCAGAAUAUCAAGCGAAUUACGGGGUUCAGUAUGAUGAUAUUUAUAAAAAAAUGGACGAAGAAUUGCAAGAAAAAGCGGCAAAAGCUCAAAAAGAAGAUGAAGAGAAGAAGGAGAAGAAGCGGAAGAAAAAAGUUGGCUUGGGAGCCGGGGAAGACGCUAAAGAGGGCUGGCUUGACCUAGGAGAUAAGGUUCAUGCGGUUUAUGUGUCAAAUCUUCCGGAAGAUAUUACAGACGAGGAAUUCCAGAAAUUUAUGUCAAAAUGUGGAGUUAUUCAGCCGGAUAUUCGAACGAAUAAGCCGAAAUGCAAGCUUUACCGGGAGGAAAACGGCAAACUCAAAGGCGACGGAAGAUGUUGUUAUAUUAAGAAGGAAUCUGUCGAGCUUGCCUGUAACAUUCUCGAUGGAGCGAACUUAAACGGGCGGGAAGUGAAGGUUGAGGAAGCUCGAUUUGAGAUGAAGGGCGAUUUUGAUCCGGCGAGGAAGCGGCGGAAAUUGACUGCGGCGCAGAAAAAACGAUAUAUGGAGCAGCAGAAUAAAAUCUUCGAAUGGACGCCCGAUAAGCCACGUAACUACCGUCCAAAGUCGGACUGUACGGUUAUUGUCAAAAAUCUGUUCACUCAGGAAAUGAUGAACAAGAAUGCGGCGUUGAUGUUGGAUUUGAAAGAGGAAAUGACACAAAGUUGUCAGAAAUAUGGAAUUGUUAAGAAAGUCGUCGUUUAUGCGAACCACCCGGACGGCGUCGUAUCGGUAACCUUUCCAACGACAGAAGAAUCGGAUAUGGCUGUAAAAUAUCUUCACGGACGAGUAGUUGACGGUCGGAAAUUGACAGCCGAGCUCUGGGAUGGCCGGACAAAGUUUAAGGUCGAGGAGACGGAAGAGGAUGAGGAGAAGCGUCGGAAAGAGUACGAGAAGUAUAUUGAGGGUGGAAGUAGUGAGACGAAGGAGGAGAGCGACGACGAUGAUGACGAUGAAGCUGAAGAUAAUUGAUUGAUCUAAAUUUUUUCUGAAAAAUUAUUUUUAGUUUAUACAUUUUUCCGAGAGGAGCAACCGAUCAAUUUUUACCAAAACUAUGUUCAAAAUCGCCCAAAAAUAUCAAAUUUAGUGAAUUUUCGUUUUCAUGGAUUUUUCGAAAAUUAGCUUUAAAAAUGUUUGCCAAAUUUUUCGACGAUAUCGCGAUAUUUUAAAAAUUUCGAACAAAAAUUGCCUAAUUUCAAUUAAAAUCCCUUUUUUCGAAAUUUUCUAAUUUUCUGGGCCAAUUGGGUCGUUUAAAAAGAAAAAUGGCCAAAAUUUGAGAGUUUUAAAAAAAUUCUAAAAUUUCAAUCCUACGAUUUUCCGGGAAAAAAAUUUUCUUGGAAAAUUGCUUUUUUUUUGAAAAAUUAUUUUUAGUUUAUACAUUUUUUUUCCGAAAAUAGGAACAACCUAUCAAUUGAAAUUUUCAAAAAAAAAUUAAUUAAAUUUGGAAGCAUUUUCCGAAAAAUUGCAUGUUUUCGGUUUUCUAGAAAAAAAAAACUAAAAGAACGAAAAAUUUCACCAAAAAUCAAAUAUGAAAAUACUUUCCUAAAAAUCUGAAAAAACCAGAAAUUUUCAAUUUUCCCUAUUCAAAAAAAUUCAAAAAAAAAACCAAAUUUCAGUUAAAAUCCCUUUUUUCGAAAAUUUUAAAAUUUUCUGCGCCAUUGUGUCGUUGAUUUGAAAUUUUUUUCUAAAAAUCCGUGAAUUUUUGAAAUUAAACAAAAAAUUUGAAAAAUCAAAAAUUAUCGAUUUUUCAACGAAAAAAAUUCAAAAAUUUCAAUCUUACGAUUUUCCUAACUAAAAAAAAAUUUGAAGUAACGAAAAUGUUCAAUUUUUUCGAAAAUUUUCGAGGUCAUUUAGAGUUUUUUCUGUGAAAAUUGCAUUUUAUAUACUCAUUUAAAUUAAUUUUUAUAUAUUCCU